AUGGAGAAUGAUUUGCCGACUCAUGAAAUCCAAUCAUAUCGUAAAUUGGACUUUGAAGAUGUUGAUUGGCAGGAGAUAAAUGAUAAUGCCUUACCUCUUUAUAUUACUGAUGGCAAUCAAGGAAAUCAAAUUUUUCUUCCUUUGGCUAUACCAGAUGACUUGGUCCGGAAACUUGGCAUGGAAUUUGUUACUGAAGUAGCAGCUAGAAAUUUUUACCAAAAAUAUGCCAAAGCAUCUGGGUUUGGAACUCGAUUGAGUAAGGGACAUAAAGACAAAAAUAGUGAUAUGAUGUUGGACAGGGUUUUUUGCUGCUCCCGUGAAGGAAAAAGGCCAAAAGACAAACAUAAUAUGGUUGUUAAGUGUCCGCGUCCAGAAACAAGAUGUGAUUGUGGUGCAAGGAUGAAAAUUAGUUGUAGACAAGCUGGAAAAUACCGUGUUGUGUAA